AGAAAAUGUCGGGUGGUCGAUUCGCUGUUUACGCGAUGACCACCGUCAUGCUCCUGGGCACAUGUGGUGCCGUCAACUUUGAUAUGCCGCAACCGGUUCGGCCAAUUGGGCCACAACCCUCUUCACCUUCCCAAGGUGAGAAAUUGGGUUUCCAAGGUGAGUCUUCGCUUGGAGGUGAGUCUUCGCUAGGACUGCUUGGUCGCAGUGCAAGUGGCACAAGCACAGACGCUGGCACCGGUGGAACAGGAACUAUUAUUACCAGCACAUCAACACCGGAACUACCGGAUCGGGAAUCGCUAUCUGAAUUUGACUUGGGUGAGGGAGGCGCAUCCCCUGAGGAAACCGG